AUGAAGCACCACUUUUUGUUGCUGCCACUGCUCACGCUGGGAUGUGAUUCAUCCAUCAUUUCCCAGCUUUCUGGUGAAGGACGACUUACCGGCUCAUCAUUCGGCAUUCCAGGACGAAACGCCACCUAUGACUACGUUAUCGUCGGGGGCGGACUGGCAGGCUCCGUCGUAGCCUCGAGAAUCACAGAGCAUACAAACGCAUCAGUAGCAAUCAUCGAAGCGGGCAGCUUCUAUGAGCUCAGCAACGGAAACUGGAGUCAGAUCCCAUACUGGUCGGAACAAUGGGUGGGAGCAGGAGAAGAGGAUUGGCAGCCACUCAUCGACUGGGGCUUGAUGACAGAGCCGCAAGUCAGCGGCAAACGGAUACAUUACGCCCAAGGCAAGACGCUGGGUGGCAGCAGUGCAAGGAAUCAGAUGCUGUGGCACAGAGGAACGAAAGGCGCAUACCGGAAGUGGGCCGAUCAGGUCGGAGACGACUCAUAUACGUGGGAAAAUAUGCUCAAAUAUUUCCAGCGAAGCGUCAACUUCACACCGGAUGUGAGAAACAGGACUGUGAAUGGAUCGGUCUAUGAUGCUGCGGCGUACACCAUGAGCGGAGGGCCGUUGCAUGUGAGCUAUCAGAAGUAUAUCUACCCGCUGUCGCAGUAUGCUCCGGCCGCAUUUGCUUCGGUGGGCAUGAAGAGUCUACCAGGUUUCGCUAGCGGCGACUUGGAUGGCUACGGGUGGUGGCAAUCGACGAUCGAUCCCGAGACUGGUCUCCGCAGCAGUGCUGAAGCCACGUUCCUCGAAGCUGCGUUCAAACGCCCAACUUUGACAACCUACAUCAACUCGCAAGCUAGGAACAUCAUCUUCCAGAACGGAAGCGCCACCGGCGUGAAUGUGACGAACUACGGCCAACGCCCUUUCACGCUCUCAGCCCGCAAGGAGGUGAUCGUCUCCGCUGGAGCCUACCAUUCGCCCCAGCUUCUAAUGGUGUCUGGCAUAGGUCCCAGAAGCACCCUUCAGAGGUUUGACAUUCCCGUGAUCAAGGAUCUCCCAGGCGUCGGUCAAAACAUGUGGGACUCGCAAAACCUUGGAGGUCCGACGUAUGAAAUCUCCGUUCCUGGAUUCUCGACCUGGCAACAACCUGGCUACAUGGAGGAGGUUAUUGACCAGCUACGAUCUAAUGGAAGCGGUCCUCUCACCAACAUCGGUCUCGAUGUUGGCGCUUGGAAUACCUUGCCAGAUCGCUCAAAGUUCAGCGCCGCCGCAAACAAAUCACUUGCAGCCUUCCCCGCUGACUGGCCUUUGAUCGAGCAUUCCAUACAAAGCUCCAGCAAAGUGCUGGGGACCACCGAUUCCAAGACACAGUAUGGAGUUAUUGCCUGCCUUGUUAUUGCACCGACUAGCAGAGGCAACAUGACCAUCCAGUCUGCCAGCAACCUCGAUCGACCGAUCAUCGACCCGAACUGGCUUCGAGACCCAACAGACCAAGAGGUCGCAAUCCAGGGUUAUCGAGCUGCACGAAGAGCUUGGCAAGCCAUUCCAGAAGGCAUCCGAGUCGGAGACGAAGUAUCACCUGGCAAGAAUGUGACAAGCGAUGCUGAUUUGCUGGAGGCCAUCAAGAAGAAUUUGAGUCCGAUCCACCAUGCGAGUUCGUCUUGCGCUAUGGGCAGGAAAAAUGAUACGAUGGCUGUGGUCGAUUCCAAGGCCAAGGUUUUUGGCGUCAGGAAGUUGCGAGUAAUCGACUCCUCCAGCUUCCCGUUCACUCCACCCGGGCACACCCAGGGAAUUACGUACGGGCAUGCAGAGAAACUUGUCGACGACGUACUGGAUGAUUACUUCGCAUCGCAGUAA